GCGCGGCUGAGACUCCCAUCUCCGUUCCCGGACAACAUUUUCCUCCCCACUUUGCCACCAACGGCGAACCUGCCUCAACCGGGCCAUUGGAGACCGGGGUUUCGCUUCGCUCGUAAACCCUAAUCUAGUCCACCUCUUGCCAAUCCAGUCCAGUACCUCGACAGUCAGCCUCUCCGAUCCCACCCGAUGCCCCGACCUCGACCCCGCGGGCGGGGCAAAACCAGAUCCGGCUCGCAAAGGAUGGAUCCCGAAGAGGGCACCACACCACCGGCUCCGGAACAGGCGGCGUGUGAUCCGUCGCAAGAAGAGAGUGCGGCGCCGGUGGACGAAGAGAGGGCAGACACUGACGCGGUAGCGGGAGAAGACCAAGGGGCGAGUGAGAACGAGGCGGAACGGACACGCGAAGAGCUCGAGCGGACGGUCACGGAGCUCAGCAUCCAGAACGAGUACCUAAAGUCCCAGAUCGCCGGUGCUCAGCAGCUGGCGAAUAGCGCCGAGGUGGGAAUAGGCAGUGGGAGGGAAGACGAGGAUGACUCCGAGCUCGUUAGGAGCUUGAAGGAGCAGGUCGAAAGGCUUAGCAAGGAGGUUCAAGAGCAAAAACAGACGCAGAAGGUUGCGGAGGCGGCCCUCGAGCACGUCAAUAUGUCCUACGCCGAGGCGGACGGCAAGGUUCAGGAGCUCACGGCGAAGCUCAACCAAGCUCAACUGAAGAUUGAAAAAGAACUAAAGGAACGAGAUGAAAAAUAUGUUGAGUUGGAUACUAAGUUCCAGAGGCUUCACAAGCGUGCGAAAAACCGUAUACAAGAUAUACAGAAGGAAAAAGAUGAUCUGGAAGCUCGGUUUAAUGAGAUUAAUCAGAAGGCUAUGGAAACUGCUUCUCUACAGCUAGCGGCACAACAGGAACUGGAACGUGCUCGUCACCAGGCUAGUGAGGCUUUACGGGCAAUGGAUGCUGAAAGACAGCAACUGCGGACUGUGAACAACAAGUUAAGAUGUAAUUUUGACGAGACACGGCUUGCUUUGGAGGCCAGGAAUAAUGCCCUUGAGAAAUUGCAACAGUCAAUGCUUGAAAAAGAGCAGAUGCUAGAACAAAUCCAAAGAUCAAUGCAGUCUGCAGAAGAAAAGAGGCAUGCAUCAGUUUCAGAGCUUUCUGCUAAGCAUCGCAAGCAAUUAGAGAGCAUGGAGGCACAGCUAGCUGAGGUUUCUGCAGAGAGGACAAAGGCAUCCGAAACGAUUCAAUCACUGCAGAUGGUACUCGCGGAGAAAGAUUCAGAAAUAACCGGAAUUGAAGCAGCAUCAACCGGUGAAGCUGCCCGGCUUAAAGCUACCUUGGAGGAGAUUAAAGGCGAGCUUACUCAUUUAAAGGACCAACAUGAAAAAGAAAGACAAAGCUGGGAAGCCGAAUGUGAAUCCCUUAGAGAAAAAUUGGAAGCAUUGGAAAGUGCGCGCUUUAGAUCUGAGAUAGAAUCUGCCAAAUUUAGAAAUCAAUUGGAAUCAGAGUUGUCAACGCAAAAUCAAUUGCUUCAAAACAAAGAUUCGAAUCUAAUUUCUGCGAAGGAGGAGAUCAGUCGACUAGAAAGUGAGUUUUCCGCGUACAAGAUCCGUGCACAUGCACUUCUGCAAAGGAAGGAUGCUGAGUUGAGCGCAGCUCAAAAUUCAGAUGUUCUUAAAGCACAUGAAGAAGCAAUAAGAGAAGCUGAAAAGGAGGUGGCAGCUGCCUUAGAAGAACGAGAUGAAGCGAUCCAGGACCUUCAAGUUGCUCAAUGCAGGCAUAGUGAAGAGAUUGAGGCAAGGGAUUUGGGUCUUGCGGAGUUGGACAAAAAACUGAAGAAUGUCAUGAAAAAAUUAGAUUAUGUUACCUCUCAAUUUCUCUCAGAAAAAGAAUCAUGGGAGAAAAAAUUGGCAAGUGUAGAGGAAAGCUGGAGAUUAAAAUGUGAGUCUAUGAAGGGUCAAAGCAAUGGCCAUGUUGAAGACCACCUUCAGAAGAACCUAGGGGAAUGGACACUGAAGUAUGAGAAAUUGAAGGAAGAGCAUGAAUCGUUCCGUGAUAUUUCUGAUAGAAUGAUUGAAGAGAAGGAACGGGAGAUAGCUAAACUUCUCAACGCAAACAAGGAUCUUCAUCAUUCUUUAGAGGCUAAAGCAGCAGUCAGCAAACGUGACAAUCAAAGUCCAGGAUAUAUUAAACAGGAUGCACUAAGUAUUGAAUUGGCUGAGCAGCAAAUUCUGUUACCCAUUCAACUUCUUGCACGGCAACAAGCACAAAGGGAAGAAGAAUUGAGUCAGUCACAUAGGCAUAUCUUGGCGCUUCAACAAGAAGUUGAAGAUCUUGAGCGUGAAAACCGUCUUCAUGAUCAACAGGAAGCAAUGUUGAAGGCUGAGCUUCGGAAUAUGGAGAGAUCACAAAAGCGAGAAGGAGUAGAUAUGACAUACCUAAAAAAUGUAAUCUUAAAGCUUCUUGAAACAGGGGAGGUGGGGGCCUUGCUGCCUGUGGUUGCGAUGCUACUACAGUUCAGCCCUGACGAGCUCAAUAAAUGCCAACAUGGCGUCCUCUCAAAUGUCGCUUCCUUACCAGCUACAGCAUUGUCAGAUGGUGGAUCGACACCAAACUCAUUCUUUGGAAGAUUCACAUUCUAAUACCGGUGCAAGAUGUUGGUUUUGAUUAUCCAUGUUUUAGCGGAGGUAGAUUUACAUUCAUGGGGUGAUCCAAAAUCCCAGCGAUUUCACUGAUUGUGAAAGGUGACAUUCUUUUGUUUGCAUGCUUCUCAUCUCUUCUUACCUUUCGUAAAGUAGUGUAUAUUAUAUAAAUAGAAAACCAUAACUAUCUAUAUAUGUACUUUCAAUACAAGCAUUCAUUCUCAAAGGGAGCAUUAUUUUUUA